AUGGAGCCUUGUAACGGAGAAACAAAUAAACAGGCUCCUUAUCCGCUCCACAUUGUCGUCGUAGGAGCUGGAAUCGGUGGCCUCGCCUGCGCAAUCGCCUGUCGAAGAUCAAGUCCGCCGCUGGAGGUGACCGUUGUCGAGCGGGCUCCAGAGAUCCUUACGAUCGGUGCAGGAAUCCAUAUCCCCCCGAAUGCCUGCCGGAUCGUCAAACAUCUCGAUCUGGUCCCGGCAUUGAAGCAAGCACAAGCAUAUUCCGUGGAAGGCUUCACCUUGAGAAGAUACGAGGAUGGGCGCGUCCUUGCCGAGAAGCCGAUGGGAGAAAGAAUGGAAAAGGAAUACGGGGCCGAAUGGUUAGCCAUCCACAGAGGAGACUAUCAGAACGUCCUACUUGAGGCUGCCCGAAAGAAUGGUGCCACAAUACUUCUGAAUGCCGAGGUGACUGGCGUCGAACCGGGCACUGGAGAAGUUCUAGGCAAGCAGAUUGUUCUGAUAAAAGAUCAAAAUUCCAUAACGGCAGAUGUCGUGGUUGGCGCCGAUGGACUCUGGUCCGGAUUACGAGAAUACAUUCUGGGCCGUCCCAUGCCGCCACUUGAAACGGGCGACCUGGCCUAUCGAGGGACUUUCACCCGAGAACAGCUCAAGGCGUUCAAGGACGAAAGAGUCGACGAAAUCAUGGAAGCGGCAAAUGUGCAGGUUUGGCUAGGUUCGAACCGGCAUGCGGUGUUCUACCCCUUAAGGGACAAGACAGAGUACAAUCUGGUCCUACUUGUUGCCGACGACCUCCCGCCUGGUGUGCGCACUUUGCAAGGUAAUCUGGGUGAAAUGGCGGCCAACUUCGAAGGAUGGGAUCCAGCCUUGAACAUGAUCAUUUCGUGCCUCAAAUCUGCUCUGAAAUGGAAGCUUCUUCAUUUCAAGGAGCUCGACCAAUGGACAAAGGGAACAGUUGCCCUCCUUGGUGACGCUUCCCACCCUACUCUUCCAUACCAGGGGCAGGGGGCUGCAAUGGCUGUGGAGGAUGGCGCAAUCUUGGGAUUACUUCUCUCCAAGCUGCAAAAUAGCGGUAUAUCGCCGGACCCUGAAAAGAGGUAUGCGCAAUUGGCCGACCUUCUACAUUUGUACGAGGAUUUGCGGAAGAAGAGAACCGAAGUCAACGUGGCCGGGGCCGUGGAUACCCGUCAUUACUACCACUUGUCUGAUGGAGAUGAGCAAGUGAAACGAGAUCAGGAGCUGGCUGAACUUCCCGCAGCCAACUGGCAGGGGCCCUGCAAUUUCAAUUGGGGCGACGCGGCCUACCAGAAGAGUUUGCUGGGGUUUGACUCUCUAGCUGAUGCCGAGCGAAACUUCGACAUCUGGUUGCGGAGAAGACGGACGCAGGCCAAUAUCUGA